UGUGUAGCACCACGCAUGCGCAGUGAGAUUUCCUUCGCAUCUGGCGCCAAACUCAAGCUGCUCGACUGGAACAUGUCUAAAAAGAAAGGACUUAGCCUGGAGGAGAAAAGGAGUCGUAUGAUGGAGAUAUUUUUUGAAACUAAAGAUGUGUUUCAGCUGAAAGACAUGGAAAAAAUCGCCCCCAAGUCCAAAGGAAUCACUCCCAUGUCGGUGAAAGAGGUGUUGCAGAGUCUGGUGGAUGAUAACAUGGUGGACACCGAGAGAGUGGGCACCUCCAACUAUUACUGGGCGUUCCCCAGUAAAGCCCUGCACGCCCGUAAACGCAGAUUAGAGGAACUGGAGACACAACUUGAGGAUGGGAAUCAGCGUAAAAAAGCCCUUCAGCAAGCAGCUGACAAAGCCAAAGUGGGACGUGAAGUUAAUGAGGAGAGACAGGAUCUCCUGAAGGAGCUCACAGCACUGAAACCUCAGAGAGAUCAGCUGAAGGCCGAACUGGAGAAGUACAGAGAGUGUGAUCCACAGGUGGUGGAGGAGAUCCGUAAGGCAAACAUUACAGCAAAAGAGGCUGUGUCUAGGUGGACGGAUAAUGUUUUUGCAAUCAAAUCCUGGGCAAAAAAGAAGUUCGGCUUUGAGAACAGCAACUUGGACAAAGCUUUCGGAAUACCUGAGGACUUUGACUACAUGAACUGAUCAGAAACUCGCAGGAUCUUAGGAUUGUUUGAUCUGUUUUUCUGUGAUUCUCUUACAUCGGUUUGUUUUAUGUUUCGUUAUCAGUUCUGUGUGUUCGAGACAAAGCUGGGACUUCUUUACAUUGUGAGGAGUCUGCCACACCCUUGAAAUUUUAGCCUUGUCUAGUCCAAGGAGAACUUCAAGAUUGAUUUGUCAGCAUAGAAGGGUAAACAGAGGCGUGUAAGCGGAGAAGGUGUUGUGUUAACCCUUGAGCCUCUCAAGUCAAUUCAAGGAAAUUAAUCACAGGUUAGAGACACGACGUGAAAUUAAUCGCUUGUGGGAAAAAAAAGUUCUAUGACGAGCAUGCAUUUGUUUCUGUAUAAAGUAGGAAUGUGUUAUGGAUUUGAAGUCACUUCAGAUGCUUUAAUUUUUGGUUUGCAUUUUUCAUUAGUCAUCAUUUUUCACUGUGCACAUAUCUUUGUGUAUCUUGUAAAUAUGAAAAAUGGUCAGUUGCUUUGUUAUAUGAUUU